GCGGUCAGCAGACAGUCAGAUGGAGGGGCUGUGAGUGUGAGAGCUGAACCCGUGACGGUCAUGAGAACUUCUCAAGAGCUUUGAGAGUCACACACAGAGCAGAAUCACUGCAGAAUCACAGCAGACCGAUCAGGAGGUUUGUUCAUCAUGUCUUACGGCGGAUCAGGUUCAGGUUCUCGAGGUGAAUUCAGCGUUCAUUUCUCCAGCAGAGGUGGAGCAGGACUCAUCAGAGCUGAAGAGGCCGCAGGAAUCGCCUUACUGGCCGUGAUCCUCACAGCGCUGCUCAUCCUGGGCUGCUGGUAUUACCGCCGGCGGGGCGGAUACAAGAUGAUCCGGAAUGGGAGAAACAGCGGUCAGUCAUGGAGAGAGAUGAUGAGAGCGGGUCAGUACAGCGAGUCUGGAUCAGGAGAAGAGAACAAACUAGCCUUGAAUGAAUUCAGCAACCUGCAACCAGCGAUUCCUAACGCUCCUCCGGCCUACGAUAAGAUCGCCUCCGGACCGUCACCUCCUCCGUACUCUCCAUGAGACACAGACGAAGGAAGAUCUGUGGAUUCCUGUAAUGUUUGUGGGAUGAGCGGUCACACAGCAGAGGUCCUGGAGAGCCUCAGUCCUGCAGAGUUUAGCUUCAACCUUGAUUAAAUCUCACCUGUCUGUAGCUUUCUAUCAACGCUUGGACCCUGAUGAGCUUCUUCAGGUGUGUUUGAUUAGGGUCGGAGCUGACCUCUGCAGGACUCUGGCUCUCCAGGACCAACGCCAGGAAUCUUACCAAAGCUUGUGGACUAUAACCUCUGACACUACAGUGCCUUUCAAACACUACAUCAUCAUCAGACACGAGGCUAAUAAAGUUUAAUAUUCAUUCAAUCCAAUAAAGUUUUUGUUUUAGUUCAAGGUAUUUAAAAAGAACAGGCCAUUUGCACCUAAAUCUGGUUAAGAUGUUCUUAGUUUUAGAUUUAUUCUGUUUUAAAUGUCGUCAGAUAGAAGCAUAGAGAUUUCGCUGUUUAUUUCUGUUCACUAUUAAAUAUCUGUUACUCAUUAUUUACUUUUAAUAUGUCAUCUUUAUCAAACAUAUGUCUGUAUGUCUUUAUACAUAUCUGACUGUAAAAGUGAACACCUGUAAUGAAACUUUUAUUUACAUAUUCGUUGAGGAUGUGGGACAUCUCUGACUCACAUAUAAGCAAACUACGUUUCUGUGAAGAGAUUUGUGCAAAAGAUUAGUUUUGUGCAAACUGUUCAAAUAAAAUAGAAUA